AUGCCAGCUCCCUUCACCAACGGAGUGACCCCUUCGAAUGGAGUGCACAGAUUACAUCUUGAAGGACUAUCUAAGAAGAAUAUCUCGACUGAGCUUCAUUCCUCUAUACCCGAUGGAUUCUAUCACUACCCAGCAAUCUACCAGCUUGAACGACGAGCCAUCUUUUCCAAGCGCUGGUUCCUCGUCUCACACAAGGCACGAUACCGUCAUGUCGGUGACUUUUCGCAGUACGAAAUGGCCGGUUUCAAUUUCGUGGUCGUGAAGAACAAGGAAGAAGCUAUUGUUGGGUUUCACAAUAUAUGCAGACAUCGUGCAUUCCCCGUCGUUCAAGACACGAGUGGUACCGCCAGAAUAUUCUCCUGCAAAUAUCACGGGUGGUCGUAUGACUUGAAUGGAAAAUUGACCAAGGCUCCUCGAUUCACCUCUGAUUCAGCCCCUUCCUUCGACGGGUCGAAAAUCCGGCUAUUUCCAAUUCACGUCCACGUCGACAGGAACGGAUUCGUCUACGUCAAUUUGGAUGCAAGCUCUAAGCCGGAGGUCACGUGGGAUGAGCAAUAUGGACAACUAGAUCGUCAAGAGGUGCUGGAAAACUCGGGGGUGGACUGGGACGCAGUCGAAUACGACUUCACGUGGAUCAAGGAUGGGAAAUUCAAUUGGAAACUCAUGCAGGACAAUUACAACGAGUGCUACCAUUGCCUCACCGCCCAUCCUGACGUUGCCAAAACCACCGCUCUCGACACAUACUACGUCUCGCCCGCCACGCCACACACCUACAUCUCUCACUUCAGCGAGCCCAAGAUCUCCAUCCCGGCCAGAUCUGCCUUCGACACGACCCGCUUCGCCGGUCGUUCCGCCACCCACGUCUUCCCCGUUGGCCACUUCUCCCCGAACCCAGGCACGGGCUUCAUGCACUUGAUGCGCAGCAUUCCCACCUCCGCAACCACGACGAGGCAAGAAUACGACGUGUACAAACUCAACACACCCCAGGCCACCCCUGACGCGCAUGAGCGCAUGAUCCGGUUCUACAAAAAGGUCGUAGAUGAGGAUUUCGAGCUUUGUGAACAGGUUCAAAGAAACCUCGAACGGGGUGUCUUCGAAUCCGGCCCGUUACAUCCGUUUCACGAGGAAGGAGUCCGAGCGUUUCAAGACAUGGUUCUCACAGUUUUGAAGGAGCAGGUCUCCAAGGAGGAGACAGAAGGAAAGGAGAUUGGGGCCGCCAAACCGCACAAUCAACGAAUUGGAUGGAUUGACGUGAAGAAUGCCAAUGGAGACGGCAGCGAGACGACAAGCCUCGGUCUCUGUGAGAGGAUGCUCGGAUGUGACAGGACGAGUCUGGGUGGUUCGGCGUUGGAAUGGUAA